AUGUCGGCCUUCGGGUACCUGCUGGACCGCAGCGUGGGGCUGCCCACGCGCGACUACCGAGACAACCUUCACGCGCGCCAGUCGGCCGAGCUGCUGAGGCACGCGCCGUCCUCUGGCAACUUCAUUUUCCGCCGGGGCAUGCGCGUCUGGAGCCUCUCGCUGGACCCGAUGGAGCAGCGGUACCUGCUGGUUGGCACCUCGCAGUCGCAACUUUUGCUUUUCGACCUCCUAACCCUAGACGAAGCCGAUUUUCCAAGUAACCCUAAUCCCUUUAACACCACAAACAUACUGGACCCAGUAUGUUGCGUGGGGGCCAAAACCCAAAGUGCCACCACCCAGUCCCUAACUUUCGGCAUCUCCAUGGUGGACUGGUACCCCGUGGACGCCGGGCUGUGCAUCUCCAGCUCUUUGGACGAACAUGUGAAAGUUUGGGACUCGGAAACUUUCUCCUGCGUCAGUACGUUGCCGUUACGCAGUAAAGUUUUCGGCGCCAAGUUCUCCCCCGUGGGCACCAGUCACGCUCUGAUUGCCGCUGCAACGGGAAAAGGGGAAGUUCGACUCGUGGAUAUGGAGAGUGGGGCCACAGCGCACAGUUUAUUGGGACACAAAGACGAAGUUUGGACGCUGGAGUGGUCUCCUGCAAAUGAAUUUUUACUUGCGUCCGGGUCCCGAGAUGGCGAAAUUCGGCUUUGGGAUAUCCGACGAUCCGGUGCAACAGCGUGUUUGUUGUGUUUAAACCACGAGGGAAGGGCGAGUGUACCGGGAAGGUCGAGUUUGUACACGAAUGUGAAGAGGGAAAAACCAUCUUCGUUGUCAAUGACGGCAACUGCAAGGAAACGACGACGUGUCGGCGGAGCGUCGGAAGCUCAGGCGAGAGAUCGGGAGCGAGCAAGGACGAGAGUGGAGAAACACAACGAGAGGAUGAAAAUUACCGUGAGUGGACAGAAACGGAAUGAUCCCCACGCGGCUGCGAGUGCGUCGUUGGCGGUGGCACACAACGGAGGAGUGACGAGUCUGGCCUACACCCCCGAUGGGAGGUUCUUGCUGAGUAGUGGCAUGGAUGAGAAGCUGAGGCUGUGGAACGCGACGACGGGCGAGCACCAGUUCAUGAACUACGAAGGGGUGAGGAGAACGCAACCGCGCGCUGCGAGGAAUGUGCAAAUAGCGGUUGCUCAGGAAGCAGGGGCGUGGGAGAGCACACUGGUGUUCGUCCCGAACGGACAGGAGGGGGCACUGUCUUCGUAUCGCGUCUUUGGAGACAGUGGCAAACCUGUGGGAAAUGCCACCGCUCACUAUGAGCAAGUUACGGCCUGCGUUUAUCGGAAAACGACUCGAGAGCUCUACUCUGCAGGGGAAGAUGGACUCAUUAUGAAGUGGAAGCCUCCGCCUGUGAAUUUAUAUCCUGGGAUGCUGGAAGACGAUACCGACGAGGACUAUGCUCAGAGGGGUGAAUCAGAUGGCGUUGCUGGUGCUGCUGUUGGUGAUGAAGAUGCCUGGAGUGACGAUGAUGACGAUGACGAAGGACGUGGACACCAAUUUGUUCCUCCAAUUUUGCGAGAUGAUUAUUGA